GAGAGUAUAAGGUUACUCAAGCGAUAUUGUAUUGCAAUUGGUAUGCACUUACCACGUGUAAAGCGCGUGUACAAGUGACCUAGUAUAUCUACGUACCUAGAGUAGUUGGUGCGGAACUCAUUGAUUCCUUUGCAAAGUUGAGCGUAACUCCAUACAAUUUGACUAGUGCCGCCCUAUACAGGAAUUGAUGCUGCUAUUACCUCCAGUCAGUGCACAAUGUGACUCAACCCCCGCCAAAUUUCAUCCCACCAUAAUUUUGAAAAUAAAACCACAACACACUCCCCACCUUUCUUUUCCAUUGUUCGUCAACAAUUGGAGAAAUCGAAAUCGCAAUCAUGUCGGCGCCAACAGAAUCAGCUGCCAAACUGCUCGAUGAGGUCACUGGGGAGAUGGUCUCCAAGACCGAAUUGAAGAAGAGACAGAAGCAGAGACAGAAGGAAGAAGAGAAGGCAAAGAAAGCUGCUGCUCUUCCUGCAAGGCCGGCCGCCGUCAAGAAGACUAAUGCUGAGGUUGAGGAAAAGGAUUUGGAUCCAAGGGUAUUUAUCCCCUUUUUGUUUUUGAAUCUUGAUCACUGACAACCAUACACAGCAAUACUUCGAAAUCCGUUCGCGCGCAGUCAAGAAGAUGCAAGAAUCAUACUACAAGCAAGAAGCCAACUCCCCCGACCCUUAUCUACACAAAUUCAAUGUAAAUUACAAUUUGCAGGAUUUCGUCAAGGACUACGGUCAUUUGAAGUCCGGAGAACAUGACAAGAAUGUAGAAAUACGCGUCGGAGCCAGAAUCUACAACAAGCGUGCCUCGGGCAACAAGUUAGUUUUCUACGAUGUCAAGACUAGGGAUACCAAAGUUCAGGUUAUGUGCCAACUCCAGGAGUCUAGAGAAGGAGCACCAGCAUUCGAAAAGCAACAUGAACCUUUACGUCGUGGUGAUGUCAUUGGUAUUGUUGGAUACCCUGGACGGACUGCACCAAAGAGCAAGAUUGAGAAGGGAGAGGAGGGAGAGCUUUCGAUUUUUGCGACAGAGAUAAUUCUACUUACACCUUGUGUGCAACAACUUCCAGAUGAGUACUAUGGAUUCAAGGACCACGAGAAGAGACAUCGUCAGAGAUAUCUUGAUUUAAUCAUGAAUGACUCGAGUCGAAAGGUUCUCAAGACCCGUUCCAAAAUGGUCCGAUAUAUUCGCAAUUACUUUGACGAUAGGGAUUUCGAUGAAGUGGAGACUCCAAUGAUGAACUCAAUUGCUGGAGGUGCUACAGCCAAGCCAUUUAAAACUCAUCACAAUGACCUUAACAUGGACAUGUUCAUGCGUAUAGCUCCAGAACUUUACCUCAAGAUGCUUGUCGUUGGUGGUAUGGAUCGUGUUUACGAAAUGGGACGUCAAUUCCGUAAUGAGGGUAUCGAUCUUACACACAACCCAGAAUUCACAACCUGCGAGUUCUAUAUGGCAUAUGCUGAUGUCUAUGAUACCAUGGAUAUAACCGAAGAAUUGGUUUCUGGUCUUGUCAAGCACAUCACUGGAGGCACAACAACCAAGUUCCAUACUCAACACGGAGAAGAAUAUGAAGUCAAUUGGGCUGCUCCUUGGAAACGUAUCGAGAUGAUUCCAGCUCUUGAAGAAGCAACCGGAGAGAAGUUUCCACCUGCGGAUGAAUUGCAUAAUGACGAGUCUAAUGAAUUCUUCAAGAGAGUCCUCAAGAAGAUGAAUGUCGAGUGCUCACCUCCUCUUACUAAUGCCCGCAUGCUUGAUAAGCUCGUAGGAGAAUUCAUCGAAGAGACAUGUAUCAACCCAACUUUCAUCACUGAGCACCCAAAGAUGAUGUCACCACUAGCUAAGCACCAUCGUAGCAAGCCUGGUUUGUGCGAACGUUAUGAAGCAUUCGUUUGCAAGAAGGAAAUUGUCAACGCAUACACAGAGUUGAAUGAUCCAUUUGAGCAACGUCUCAGAUUUGAAGAGCAAGCUAGACAAAAGGAUCAAGGUGACGAUGAAGCUCAAAUGAUUGAUGAGAACUUUUGUCGAGCCUUGGAAUUCGGUUUACCACCAACUGCUGGUUGGGGUAUGGGUAUUGAUCGUUUGGUCAUGUUCUUAACCGACAACUAUAGCAUUAAGGAGGUUCUUACUUUCCCAUUCAUGAAGGAUGAUACGCAGAAUCCAAAGGAGAACUUGGCUGUGGAAGAAGCCGGGGCUGAUAGGAUACCAGUUGAGGGGAUAGCGCACAAGUAGAUAGAACAUCUUAUUCGCUUAGUGAUGUUCUUAGCUCAAGACUAUAGGCUCUGCUUAAAUGUACAACUUGGUCUGAAAAAUCAUUAGAUGAUUACUUGGUUGAGUUUUCCGCUCUAGCAUCAAGGAGGUUCUUACUUUCAUUUAUAUGACAGAGAAUAUUCUAAAGAUAGAGAAGAUCACGUCAAGCCAUUCACGGUGGAGGAAAGAGCUACAAGAUAGUUUUCGGUAUGACGAAUUAGAUGAGAAAUGAUAGUGUUAUACUUGAUACAUACCAUGCAUCUUCUUGAAGAUUCAAUGUAAGUGAAAUGAAAGAAAAUGGAAGAUCAAGAUCAACUGUAGAAUUGCAUACAUUGAACCCUCACAGGAGAUGUCAUUAGUUAAAGCUAGGAUACAAGGCCACGAGCAAUGUGAGCUGUGUAUGUGCUCGAGUUAUAAUAAAAGAAAGUUAACUUAACUUGUAUUAGA